GGGAGGGCUGAUGGCAGGUUCAGAAGCAAUAAGAGCACUCAAGUGAAGCAGAAGUGGAGAGGUGUGCUAUCUGUCCAGGGCACAAUGGAGAAUGAGGAGAAUCCAGCAGCUUCCUUCCGUACUUGGGACUACGUGGUUUUCAUUUUCAUGCUGGUCAUCUCAGCAUCCAUAGGUGUUUAUUAUGGCUUCAUCCAGCGUACAGAGCAGAGCCCUAGGGAUUUUCUGGUGGGUGGCCAGAGUAUGACAGCUGUGCCCGUUGCUCUGUCACUGACGGCCAGUUUCAUGUCAGCCAUCACGGUGCUGGCGACUCCAGUGGAGGUGUACUAUCAUGGGGCAAUCUUUGUUUUAAGCUGCUUCGGCUUUGUCCUGAUGGCGGCCAUCAGCUCAGAGUUCUUUCUCCCUAUCUUCUACAGGCUGGGAAUAACCAGCACCUAUGAGUACCUGGAGUUGCGGUUCAACAAAGCGGUUCGGGUGUUUGGGACAGUGCUGUUCAUCAUUCAGACAUUAUUGUACACUGGAGUGGUUAUCUAUGCACCAGCAUUGGCUUUAAACCAAGUGACAGGCGUAAGUCUCUGGGGAGCUUUAAUAUCAACUGGAGUGGUGUGUACCUCCUACUGCACCUUGGGGGGAUUCAAGGCUGUGGUGUGGACUGACGUGUUCCAGAUGAUCAUCAUGUUCGCUGGUUUACUAGCUGUCAUCGUCCAAUCAGUACUUCUCCAGGGCGGGGUUUCUGUCAUCUUCAACAUCUCUGCUGAUGGUGGCCGACUCAACCUAUGGGACUUUGAUCCCAACCCUAUGAGGAGACACACGUUCUGGACCAUCAUCAUCGGCAGUACAUUUAUCUGGACCAGCAUGUAUGGUAUUAAUCAAGCUCAGGUGCAGAGAUAUGUGUCCUGCAAGACGCUUCUGCAUGCCAAAAUGUCUCUGUAUAUCAACUUGGCGUCACUCUGGGCCGUUCUUCUGUCUGCAGUAUUUUGUGGGUUGUGUUUAUAUUCGUUUUACAAAAACUGUGACCCAUGGACAUCCAAGAUGGUGUCUGCUCAGGACCAGCUCAUGCCGUACCUGGUGAUGGACAUCUUGGGGGAAUAUCCUGGCGUUCCUGGCCUGUUUGUGGCUGCAGUAUACAGUGGCACAUUGAGCACAGUCUCCUCCAGUGUGAAUGCUCUCACUGCAGUGACAGUUGUAGAACUGAUUGGACCGUACUUCAGCUUGUCAGAGCAAAAACUUUCCUGGGCAUCAAAAGGACUGAGUGUGUUCUAUGGAGUCGUGUGUAUUGGGCUGGCUGCUCUUGCAUCACUGAUGGGAGAAUUGUUGCAGACAACUAUCAGUAUUGUUGGUACUAUUGGUGGACCUCUACUUGGCCUCUUCUCUUUAGGCAUCCUGUUUCCCUCUGCUAAUUCCAAGGGAGGCUUGGCUGGGCUGGUCAGUGGGUUAGUCGUGUCACUCUGGGUUUGCAUCGGAGCCCAGAUCUACCACCCGCUACCAGAGAACUUCAGGCCUCUUCCUCUACAGACACACGGCUGCAACAUCACUGUGAAUGAAAAUGACUUAAUGAACUGGACUAGCUCCUCAACACAGACAAGCUACCUCACUUCAGCUGUCCAGGACAAAGCUGUGGACAGGCCUCUGCUGGCUGAUUAUUGGUACUCACUCUCUUACAUGUAUUUCUGCCCUGUGGGGACUCUAGUUUGUAUAGUUAUUGGGCAGAUUGUGAGCGUGGUCUCAGGGGGUAGACCAUUAAACCUGAAGACAGGCCUGACAUUAAUGAAGGAGGAUUUAACCUGCUACAAUAUCUACAAAAUACUAAAGCAGAAGGCCACAGGAAAUGCAGAUAGACUUGACCUGGUUAUGGAGAAAGAGAAAUCUGGCAGAACCAACCUUGCAUUUUGUGAUGUGGAGCUGGAUAUCACUAAAAUUCAGGCACAUGGAACUGUUGCAUAGGACAUUUUUAGUCGUCUUUGAACUCUUCUCUGAAUUCGUUACUCAAGC